AUGAGCAAAUCAACGCCCCGCAGGUCCCGUCACGCACGGCAUCCUUCGAACCUCAUCCCUGCCGUCUCAGACUAUGAGUCGGAUGCGACGGCGAUGCAGACCUCAUCGUACGCUCCGCCGCCGCCGCACCGCACCAACACCGACCUCAACCUCUCCGUCUUGCAGCGGUACCUGCCUUCGAUACAGCGCCUCCUCAGCAUCGCCGCCAAUGCCGUCAUCUACACCUUCGACGGCGAUGCCGAGAGUUGGGACAAGUCUGGCAUCGAGGGCACCAUGUUUGUCUGCGCCCAGGAACCGGCCGCGGCCUCCUCCUCGGAUCAACAGUCGGUCCCCCGCGCCUGCGUCUUCGUCCUGAACCGGCGGGGCCUCGAGAAUCUCGUCGUCGACCUCGCCCUCGUCACCCACGUCGAGAUCAUGGGCGAACUCGUCAUAUUGCGGGUCGGUAGCGACAAGCCUGCCGACGACGACGCCGGCGGCAAGGUCAUCGGCGUUUGGAUACACAACGACGCCGCCGAGACGAGACAGGUCAAUGGCGCCAUGAUCUACGAGUCCUGGAAGGCGGUCCGGCCGACCAGCCCGGCCGAGGAAGCGGUUCCGGACGCUCAUCCCGCCAUCCAGGCGAUGGGUCAACGUCUGUCGCUGAGCGACCUGUUUGGCAAGCGCAGUGUGCAGACGGCUGGGAAAUGA